CGUGGUGUCUCGCGGUGAUGAAAAGGUUAUGGCGGGGCGCGCGCGCUGUUGGGUCCCGCGAGUCGGGUUUUAACAGUGGCAACGGCGGCGCGCACGAUGGCGGAUUCGGCGUGUAUGGUUGGAAAGCGACUGCUCGUGCUUUUCGGGGACGCGCGCUGUUCUACAAGCCCUGGCGGUGCGGCAGGACGGGACUGGCUUCGGGGGACGGUACGUGCAGUGAAAGGAACAGUGGCUUCUCCUGUUCAGUCGUUUUUUGUGGAAUUUGAUACUCCUCGUUGGAAACGUCGCUCUUGGGUGAAAAUUCAUGCUGAGGAUGUCCUUGUAUUGUUGUUGGAAACUUCAUUGGUGUGGGCCCCCCGGAACAAGUGUGCCUCUCUCCAGGGGAGUAGGGGCUCUACUCUUGAGUGGCCAGCUUUGACAUUUAAGGCUUUUGUGGACAAACUUGGUUUGGGAUCAUUGUCAGCUGUGGAAUUCCUUCCAGACCGAGAGCUAUGCUUUCUCGAUAGUAGCGGUCUCCGCUUAUUUCAGAUGGAAUCUGAUGGUCAAACUCCAGUCAUACAGCAGCAUUCUCCCCUUAAACAGAGUGUUAAUGCCUGGCUCAGUGAGCAGAAACUGCAAGAGAUUUUCAGCAAAGGUCCCUAUAGUGUCCAGGGCCAGAAGGUGAAAGUCUUUCAGCCUGAGCUAGAAGGUAGUUGGUUACGAGGUGUUGUCGUCCGGCACGAUCCUAUAUCUCGCAUCAUGGAAGUUAAUUUUGAGGAACAUGAAGCUCAGUUAGUAGAUCCAAAACUAGUCCAUGUUGUACUGGCAGAUGAUGCUGAUUCUCAAUCUGAGGGUUGCCACGGAAAACUUGUUAAAAUUCCAAAGUCAAGGAAGAAAAAGAAAGAUUCUGUUGAUGGAAAGGAUAACCGAAGGAGAAAAAAUACUUCAGACAGUGACAGUGACCCUUCUGUUAAGAGACUGAGGGGGGAAAAAGAAGCAGACAGCAGUGGCAGUGAGGGGACAGAAAAUGGCCGUGGAUCUUGGAAAGCACCAAGAGGCGAGAACAUUAUAGCAGAGUCCACCCUGUCUUGUGCAACUGGCAAUGUGGCUCAGGUUGUGUCCCAGAUUCAUCCCAGUAUCCAUUUUGCCACAUAUACCAAAGAAAAUGGCCGAACCUUGGUGGUACAGGAUCAGCCUAUAAGUGUUAAAUCCAGCAUCACUACAUCAUCAGUACCGGAAAGUGAAGGACACACUACCAUUAGCCCUGACAUUGAAAACCAGAAAAGAGAUCAAGCACUACUACAAGGGAUGGGUGUGGUUUGUGGCAUUGACAAUUCAGCUGUGUCUCUAGCUACAUUUGGCACCAUUGCUAGAUCUUCAGCAGCCUCAGUAAAGAUCUUGGACUCUGAACAACAACAGAAAGAGAACUCAAGAAAUUCACUUCUGGCGUCCUCUAGCUUUGGAGCAACAUCAUUAUCUGGUCACUCCUUGUUUGGUGAUGAUCGUGCCCAGUCAAAUGGAGUGUUUGGUCAAGAGAGCAAACCACUAGGGUUCCAGCUAGGUGGCAGUGAUACAGAAGAAACUAAUUCUGAUCCCUCUAAAAACUUAUUUUUUCAGUGUAUGCUCCAGAAUAUCCCUCCAAGUAAUUAUUUCACAGCUGUAUCAGAAAGUCUCGGUAAAGAACCACCUAGUCUCAAUUUAUUUAAACAAACUGCAGACACUGUUAAAGAUAGUGACUUGACCUCUGGACUUUCCAAAGCAAAUUCACAGCCUGGAAUGGAUAGUAAAGUAAGUAGCAUGGGGAACAUUUCUCUGGAAAGUAAAGCUUCUUCAGAAGUCAUGCCAAAACUUACUCCUGCAUUUCCAGGAAACACGUUGAAAACCAAGGCUCAAGAAAAACAUGAAAACCUGUUUCUACAGCCGCCUAAAUUGGCAAGAGAGGAGCCAUCCAGUCCAUUUCUUGCUUUUACUGAAAAACGGGAUACUAGCACUUUUAGCAGUCUAGCACAACAGCAGACUACGUCCACAACUACUACUACAACUACUACUACAUCUGUUGUAGGUACUCCUUCACUGCCAAGCUGGCUGGCUGUACAGCCUUUAAGUGCUGAUAAGAUGAGCAGUCUUUUCAGCAUGAGUGAGUCUUCUAAAACACCUUCCUUUUCUUCACCCUUUUCUACCUUUUCUGUUUCAGCACAGAGGCCUACAAGUUUUGGUAAUGGUCGGCCUGUUUCUCCUGUUUCCAGCUUUAUUCAACCAAUGGAAAUGCCUACACUUGCAGCUAGUCCAACUGAGGAAGGGCCACUGGUUGGUUCUGGACAACAAGGCAGCCCACUUCUGAAAGCUUUUGCUGAUCUUUCAAGUAUGACACAGCCUAGCUUUACUUUACCUCAGUGUGGGGGCUUCCUACGGGAUGCUAAGCUGCCGUUUGAACAAUCAAAGCACUUUUCACUAGAUGAGCGGAGUGUGUCAUUUAAACAUGAUUCUGACUCAAGUACCAAUAGCGAUUUGUCAGACCUUAGUGACUGUGAAGAUCAGUUACAGGCUCGGAUUGGAAUAAGGGGUUUGCCAGAACACCUGGAGGGAAGGCUCGGACCUCACGGAGAAAGAAAUGCAGAGUUUUUGAUGGGCAGAGGAAAAGUAAAGCGGAUAGUGAAACGCCGACCACGAGCAACUCCUUUAAGAAUUGGCCAGUCAGUGUUGAAAGACUUGAGUAAGGUGAGGAGGCUGAAACAGACAGGAGAGCCAUUCUUGCAGGAUGGCUCAUGCAUCAAUGUGGCUCCACAUCUGCACAAGUGUAGAGAAUGUCGUUUAGAACGUUAUCGCAAAUUCAGGGAGCAAGAUAAUGAAGAUACUACUGUGGCUUGCCGCUUCUUUCACUUUCGAAGGUUGGUCUUUACUCGGAAAGGUAUCCUGCGUGUUGAAGGAUUCUUGAGUCCACAGCAAAGUGAUCCAGAAGCCAUGAGCUUAUGGAUUCCAUCUUCAUCACCUGCAAAUGGCCUAGAUCUGGAGACAUCCAAGUAUAUUCUAGCAAAUGUCGGCGAUCAGUUCUGCCAGCUCAUCAUGUCUGAGAAGGAGGCUAUGCUGAUGGUAGAGCCUCAUCAAAAAAUGGCAUGGAAGCGAGCUGUACGUGGUGUAAGGGAGCUCUGCGAUGUGUGUGAAACAACACUUUUCAACAUCCAUUGGGUGUGCCGAAAGUGCGGCUUCUGUGUCUGUCUUGAUUGUUUUCGUUUACGAAAAAAUAGGCCUAGAAUAGAAGAUGAUGAUGAUGAUUUCUUCUCUUGGUUAAAGUGUGCCAAGGGCCAGCCUCAUGAACCAGAAGCACUUAUGCCUACACAGAUCAUUCCUGGUACAGCUUUAUACAACAUUGGUGACUUGGUGCAUGCUGCCCGAGGGAAGUGGGGUAUCAAAGCCAAUUGCCCAUGUAGCAACAAAGCACUAAAAAUUGGGACCAGAGGAGCAGCAACCAAUGGAGUGCCUCAGCCCUCUAUAUUGAAUCCCGGUGGUUCUGUUAUUGACAAUGAAGCUUCUUCUAGUUGUGGAGAGGCAGGUUUGAUGCUGCAUGAAAAUGACCCGCUUCUCAAAAUUGAGAGUCUGGAGAGCACAAGUGAAGAAUGUGGAGGGAUGCUCUAUGAUGGGGAUGCAACUGAAACUAGUAGCACUGCAGAGUCUUCUUUAGAUCCAAAGAACAGCCAGGUUGGAUCCGCAGAUCCAGUCCAGUCCUAUGCUUUACAUUGGCUGGCAGAUGUAGCAGCACAGAAAGCCAAGGAGGAGACAAAAGAAUUCACAUUACUAUUCAUGGUUAAUAAUGCCAUAUAA